CCUUUUCAGAAACCAGUCUGCGUAAGAAUGGCUGGGAGUAACCACCUACCAAGGGAUAUAUAAGGAACUAGAGAUAAUGUUUUAACUGGCGCACUAGAAAAGAAGAGAACUGUGUGACUGCUUCCAAGGAAUGUAAAUGUUCCGCAACACAGGUAAAGUGACUAUGAAAGAGAUAAGUGUAUAUCAGCAAACCCGAGCACUUCUACACAAGAAUCUGCUUAAGAAAUGGAGAAUGAAAAGAGAAAGCUUCUUGGAAUGGAGUUUCCCAAUUAUUUUAGGGCUGUAUAUGGGUCUGUUUUCAUAUUUCAAAGAAAACAUGCUGUUCCCUGAAACCCCGCCUCAAGAUCUUGGAAGAAUAGAUGAAUUUAAUGGAUCUUCUAAAAUGGUUGUAUAUACACCAAUCUCUAACAUAACCCAACUGAUAAUGAAUAAAACUUCUUUUGCUCCCUCUAUGAAAGGAGCAAGAAUAAUUGGAGUACCAAGUAAAAAUGACCUGGAUGAAGUGCUUCUGAAUAAUAUUCCUCGUGCUUUUGGAAUCGUAUUUAAUGACACUUUCUCUUACAAGUUAGAAGUAUUUCUAAUGUAUGGAAAUCCAUUUGUGAAAGAAGACUUACUAGCUCAUUGCUGGGAUAUAUAUGGUGAUGUUUCAUGUGUAUUGUCCAGAUACUGGAAAAAAGGAUUUGUGACUCUACAAACUGCCAUCAAUGCUGCUAUUAUAGAAAUCACAACAAACCACUCUGUGAUGGAGGAGUUGAUGUCUGUUAACGCAAAAACUAUGAAGACAUUGCCUUUUAUUACUAAAGAUAUUCUUCAAUAUGAGUUUUUUAUUUUAGUCUGUUUGCUUUAUUUCUCCUCGUUUAUGUAUUUUAUAUCACGUAAUGUUACUAAAGAGAGAAAAAGGUAUAAGGAAUUGAUCAAAAUAAUGGGUCUACAAGAUUCAGCAUUCUGGCUGUCCUGGGGCUUAAUCUAUGUUGGCUUCAUCUUCAUUAUUUCCAUAUUCAUUGCAGCUAUCAUAGCAUCUGCCCAAAUUAUAGUAAUGACUGGUUUCCUUGUAAUAUUUACACUCUUUUUCUUAUAUGGAUUAUCUUUGAUAGCUGUAGCUUUCCUGAUGGCUGUUUUGUUACAGAAAGCUAUCCUCACCAAUCUAGUCAUAUUUCUCUUUACCCUCCUUUGGGGGUGUGUGGGGUUCACUGUACUUCAUAAAGAACUCCCCACAUCUCUGGAAUGGAUUCUGAGCAUUUGCAGCCCUUUUGCCUUCACUUCUGGGAUGGCUAAGAUUAUCUCCUUGGAUUAUAACUUGAACGGUGUAGUAUUUCCUGACCCUUCAGGAGAAUCAUAUGUAAUACUAGUGACAUUUUCCAUAUUGGCUUUUGAUGCCCUUAUUUACUUGGUUCUGGCAUUGUAUUUUGACAAAAUCUUGCUCUAUGGGAGUGAUCGCCGUUAUUCUCCACUGUUUUUCUUGAAUUCAUCAUCUUGUUUUCGACAAAAGAGUAGUAGUAACCAGGUCACUGAGAGAGGCAUAGACCCUGAGCUUCCUUCCGAUGAUUAUUUUGAGCCUGUGGCUCCAGAAUACCAAGGAAAAGAAGCCAUCAGAAUAAGAAAUAUUAAAAAAGAAUAUAAAGGGAAGUCUGGAAAAGUGGAGGCUUUGAAAGGAUUGUUCUUUGAUAUAUAUGAAAAUCAAAUAACAGCAAUCCUGGGCCACAGUGGAGCAGGAAAAUCUUCAUUGCUAAAUAUCCUCAAUGGAUUAUAUGUUCCAACAUCAGGGUUAGUGACUGUCUACAAUAAAAGCCUCUCUGAAAUGCAAGACUUGAAGGAAGUCAGAAAGAUAACUGGUGUUUGUCCUCAGCAUAAUGUUCAAUUUGAGGCACUCACUGUGAAGGAAAACCUCACCCUCUUUGCUAAAAUAAAAGGGAUUCUUCCACAGAACGUCAAACAAGAGGUACAACAAAUUAUAUUGGAAUUGGACAUGCAAAAUAUUCAGGAUAACCUUGCUGAACAUUUAAGUGAAGGACAGAAAAGAAAGCUCACCUUUGGGAUUGCCACGUUAGGAGAUCCUCAAAUUUUGCUUUUAGAUGAGCCUACUGUUGGAUUAGAUCCCUUAUCGAGGCAGCGGGUGUGGAAUUUCCUGAAGGAACGCAAGGCAAAUCAUGUAAUCCUCUUCAGUACUCAGUUCAUGGAUGAGGCAGACAUCCUUGCAGACAGAAAAGUCAUAAUGUCCAAUGGGAGUCUAAAAUGCACAGGCUCUUCUGUGUUUCUGAAGAGAAAAUGGGGUCUUGGAUAUCACUUAAGUUUGUUUAUGGAUGAAACAUGUGAUUCAGAGCAGAUAACAUCCUUCAUCAAUCAUCACAUCCCUGAUGCUAAAUUAAAAGCAAAAACCAAAGAAAAGCUUGUAUACAUUUUGCCAUUGGAAAGGACAAGCAAGUUUCCAGACUUCUUCAGGGAUCUUGAUAAAUAUUCUGGCCAGGGCUUGAUGAAUUACGAAGUUUCCAUGCCAACUCUGAAUGAAGUCUUCAUGAACAUGGAAGGAGAAUCAACUACCAAACAAAACUUUGAGAAAAGAGAAACAAUAAGAGACACAGAAAGCUUCCAUGAAAUGGAGCCAGCUUAUCCUUCUCUUUCUGAAGUACAGAGAACUGUGAGCCCAAUGAGACUCUGGGGAAUGCAGGUCUGUGCAAUGGCGCGACUUCGCAUCCUCAAACUAAAACGAGAGAGAAAAGCAUUUUUGACCUUUCUAUUUAUUCUUGGAAUUGCACUGUUCCCAUUGAUUACGGAAAAAAUGGCUAAUGCUGUGAUAGAGCAAAAAAACAACUGGGAAUUUAAAACAGAAUUGUAUUUCCUAUCCCCUGGACAACUCCCUGAGGGUCUGCGAACGAGUCUAUUGGUCAUCAAUAACACAGGAUCAAAUAUUGAAGAUUUUAUACAGUCACUGAAGCAUCAAAACAUAGUUUUGGAAGUAGAUGACUUUGAAAACAGAAAUGGUACUGAAAGCCUCUCAUACAAUGGAGCUAUUAUAGUUUCUGGAAGACAAAAGGAUUAUAGGUUUUCAGUUGUAUGUAAUACCAAGAGGCUACACUGCUUUCCUGUCCUAAUGAAUGUCCUCAGUAACGGGAUCCUUCAUAUGUUGAAUCAUACACAGUAUAUUAGAAUUGAGGAAGCUGCAUUUUCAUCAGACCUCAUAAUACUCUGGUUUGGGAUACUGGAAGGUGUCCUGUUCCUAUUGCUUGUUGCAUGCAGCAUUUCACCACAUAUCGCCAUGAGUAGUGUCAGUGAUUACAAAAAGAAAGCUGACUCCCAGCUGUGGAUUUCUGGCCUCUACCCUUCUGCCUACUGGUGUGGGCAGGCAGUGGUGGAUGUUAUUCUCUUCAGUGUAGUUCUUCUCUCAAGCUACUUCACAUUAUAUGCGACAAAACUGAUGCACAUUUACCUGACAAGUGAGGUUGUACUAUCUAUAGUAGUUCUUUCGUUUGGUUGUGCAGCUUCUCUGGUCUUCUUGACAUACGUGAUAUCAUUUGUUUUUGGCAAAAAGAGAAAAAAUAGUGGCCUCUGGUCAAUUUUCUUCUUUACUGUCUUAACCAUUAUGUUCAAGAUCCUUUUGACUGAGUUCUUCGUUGAAACACUGCUUAUUACCAUCAUGGUAUUAGUUCCUUCAUUUUCACUUAUUGCAUUCCUGAUUUUUUUGGAAAUGAGAGCCUUCCAGUACUACAGUGAAUCUGAAGAAACCAAAUAUGUUUUAUCUGGGGUUGAUCUUCUAUUAUGUCUAAUACCUUACUUUCAUACUUUGCUGUUCAUUUUUGUUCUGAGAUGCCUGGAACUUAAAUGUGGAAAGAAUGUCAUGCGGAAGGAUCCCAUUUUCAGGAUAUCUCCACGAAGUCUAAAGGUUCAACCAAAUCCAGUAGAACAUAUAGGUGAAGAUGAAGAUGAAGAUGUCCAAGCGGAAAGAAUAAGGACAUCAGCUGCCUUGAAUACUUCAAAUUUAAAUGAGAGACCAGUCAUUAUUGCCAACAGUCUUCACAAAGAGUACACAGGUCAGAAGAAAAGUUGCUUUUCAAAGAGGACAAAGAAAGUGGCAGCAAGAAACAUCUCUUUUUGUGUUAAUAAAGGUGAAAUUCUGGGAUUGUUAGGCCCCAACGGAGCUGGUAAAACUUCUUCUGUUAGGAUGAUAGCUGGGAUCACAAAGCCAGCAGCUGGAGAGGUGGAACUGAAAGGAUGUAGCUCAGCUGUGGGUUACCAGGAUGAUGGCACAGUCAAGUUUGGAUACUGUCCUCAGGAGAACGUGCUGUGGCCCAUCCUGACAGUGAAGGAACAUCUGGAGCUGUAUGCCGCUGUAAAAGGGCUGAGGAAGGAGGAUGCUGCCAUUGCCAUUUCAAGAUUAGUGAAUGCUUUUAAACUACACGACCAGCUGAAUGUCCUAGUGCAGAAACUAGCUGCGGGAGCCACUAGGAAGCUGUGUUUUGUGCUGAGCAUCCUGGGAGACUCAUCUGUCCUGAUUCUGGAUGAACCAUCUACAGGCUUAGAUGUGUCUGAGCGGCAACAAGUGUGGCAGGCAAUCCAGGCAGCUGUUAAAGACAAUGAGAGGGGUGUCCUCUUGACUACCCAUGACCUGGCUGAAGCUGAGGCUCUGUGUGACCGAGUUGCCAUCAUGGUGUCUGGAAGGCUGAGAUGCAUUGGUUCAAUUCAACACCUGAAAAGGAAGUUUGGCAAGGAUUACAUUCUAGAACUAAAAGUGAAUGGAACUUCUCAAGUGCCAUUAGUCCACAGGGAGAUUGUGAAGCUGUUCCCACAGGCCGCACGCCAGGAAAGGUAUUUCUCCAUGUUGACCUAUCAGCUACCCAUAACAGAUGUUUAUCCUCUGUCUCAGGCAUUUCACAAGUUAGAAGCAGUGAAGCACAGCUUUAACCUGGAAGAAUACAGCCUCUCUCAGUGCACACUGGACAAAGUGUUUUUAGAUCUUUCAAAGGACCAGGAGCUGGAAACUGUUCAUGAAGAAGCUGAUACAACUGUGAGAUGGAAACUCCUUCCUCGCUUAGAUGAACUGUAAAAUCUCAGACAUAAUCGUUCUGUUAUCCUACAAACUUAUGUCCUAUAUAGUAAUUAUCAGGAUUAAUAAUCUCAGAUGUUUUUAUGUCAGUGCUAUGCAUAUUUUAUCUGCUCAGUCAACCACAAAACAAGAUUUAUAGUAGUCCAUGUCCUAAAGCUUAGAGGCUAUAAGAAUAUAUAAAAUACUAGUAAAACUACAAACUCAAUUUUAAAAACUAUUAAUUUGUAACAAUUAUCAGAGCAUUUACUUGCUGGAAUAGAUGAGUAUGUUUAGUAGCAGUUAGCUGCAUGGGAACUUCGUGGAGGUUAAUAAAUAUAAACUUUAUGAAUUUUCUUUUAUAUAAAGUAUGAGCAAUUAUUUUUCCUAAAUCCUUUCAAGGAAUUAUUUCAACAGCAGUGCAAGUUACAAGGCUCUGGACUCAGAAAUAAAUAUGUACACAUCUUGAAAGCAGUUCAAAUACAACAUUUGAAAACAAAAGGAGUCACAGCAAUAAUUGUUUUUUAAAAUUUAAAUACUAAUAUCAUGUUAUUUUGUUUGUUUGUUUUUCAAGACAGGGUUUCUCUAUAUUGGUUUGGAGCCUGUCCUGGAAAUCACUCUGUAGACCAGACUGGUCUUGAACUCACAGAAUCCCCCUGCCUCUGCCUCCCCAGUGAUGGGAUAAAAGGCAUGCGCCACCAAUGCCCUCCCUAAUAUCAUGUUCUUAGGAUUUCCUUCAUCUCUUCAUCAACAGUGUUCUGUGCAUUUGACACUGAUUUAAGUCCAUUUUCUACUUAUAUCAGUUUAUGUACAUAUGUGUACACUGUAUUCAGGUUUCUCAUAUGUCAACUUUACAUAUUAUUUUAAUUUUCCCUUGAAAUUCCUAUGUAAUCCUGGAUGUUACCAGAAAAUAUUUCAAGGCCAGGCUGUAUUCCUACUCUAAUUUUAUAAUAUUUUGUAUAUCUUAAAUAUAAGGUUUUCUAUUCACUAAAUAAUUUUUGGUAGGUUCAGGAGAGAUAGCUCAGUAGUUAAGAGUGCUUAUGCUGUUGCCAGGAACCUGGGUUUUGUUUCCAGCACUCAUAUGGCGGCUUAUAACUGUGUGUAAUUCUAAGUCAGAGAAUCUGAUGUGCUCUUUUGUCACACAUGGGAUCCUGCACACAUGUGGUACAUAGGCAAUACACUCAGGUACCACAUAUACAGAAAAUAAUUAGUAUUUUUUUUACAAAGAAUAUUUGUAUAGUGGGGAAAACACAGAAAUUAAAUAAAAUUUAAUAAAAGAGCCCCUUUAGUUCUUUCAUAAAACUUCAAUUGUUUACUUUCUUUAAUCCAUUUUUAUAGAGUUGUAUACACAUUUCCUAACUACAUACUUGUAUUUACUAAUGUAACAUUGGAAUUCUUACCUGUUUGCAAACUUAUAUAAAUGUUGAAGCACUAUAUGUUUGCAUUGGAAUUUGUGUUAGCUAUAUUCUUCACUCAUUUGCUUUUGUGCUUUAAUCUUUUCACUACACGCUUACAGGAUUCAUAUGUAAUGAACUAGGUUAGCUAUGUAUUCCUCCCAAGGCAGAUGAACACCACUGUCCAAGGGCCAAACAUUUUAAGUGCUUACUUGUCAGAGGUGAAAGAAUUAAAAUUUAAGUAUUAUGGAUUUUAAAUUAAUGAGAAACUUAUGUUUAAAUCCCUACCUGGGGCUAAUAUAUAACAUAUUGGACAGGUGAAUUCCAAAGUUAAUCAGCAUUUUCGCCUCAUCUUCAACUGUAAGGUUUGUAGAAGCUGUGAUCAUGCUUUUCUCCUCUAAAUAACAUUUUUUUGUACUUUAGCUUACCAUUGUGCUUACUAUUCUCCAAUAAAUUAGUCAUUAUAUCAUUA